CCUCUUCUCCCUCCCUCGCUGCUGUCUGCAUCUGAUUCCCCUCUGCUUCUUCCUCCCUCUCCUCUGCUUACCUCACUAGUUCACUUCCCAUUAGCGACUCCCAGCAACAAAAUCAUUAAUUUUCAUUAUCCCCUCUUUUCUUUAUUUUUUUUCCUCCCUUUUCUCUUUUGUUUUAUUCUAUUUUCUUCACAAACUCCUUCUAUUGUCCAUUCUCUAUUCUCUUCCCCUGUUUUGCUCCCUUUUUCCACCUUUGUAGACUCCCCUCUGCCCCUCUCUCUCUCUCUCUCUCCUUCCUCUUAUCACCACACGAGUAACUCAGUAGAGAAGCCAUUAACAGCGAAACAGAGAGAAAGGGAGGGGGCAAAAAGGAACAAAAAGACCAGGGAAAUAGAUUAAAAAAAAAAAAAACAGAGGGAUGAUUCUCCAUCGCCAUACCUCGACCUCUACUUCUGGGUCUUCUUCCCUUCAUCGUUAAACUUCACAGAUUCAACUCCUCUCAAAAUUUCCUACUCUGAUUUCUUGGAUCUGAUUGAGAAAGUAGAGAAAGAAAAGAAAAGUCUGCAGCUUUUUUUUUUAUAACUUUUUUAUCCUUUUUUUCCUUCUUGCUUCCUCUGUUUCCGAUGGAGCCAGAUCUUCACCAUCUUCACCACCAGCAGCAAUCGAACCCGAAGCAAAUGAAUUCCGGCGGGGGCGGCGGACUGACGAGGUACCAAUCGGCUCCGAGCUCCUACUUCACCAGUUACCUGGAAAAAGAGCUAUGCGACGAGCUCUUAAACCGCCCUUCCAGCCCGGAAACAGAGAGGUUCUUCGCCAGAUUUUUAGCCAACACCGCCAGCUCCGACGGGUUGCAGCCCGACCCGGUUCUCGCCCCGGUUAAGCAAGGCUCUCCCCCUUUACAACAAGGGAUGGAUGAUUACUCUUCCGGGUCGCGGAGCUUCUACCCGCCGCCGCCGCCGCCAAGCAGCCAGUCCCGCCCGCCAUUGCCGUCGGCCCCGGCCAUGGAUUACAGCCGCUUGCCGCCGACUCCGCCACCACCAGCAUCGAAAUCUGGCGGUGGGAACAACUCGUCGAAUCUCGUCAGGCACAGUAGCUCCCCUGCUGGGCUUUUCUCCAAUAUCAACAUUGAGUUCGAAAAUGGUAUCUUUCUUUGAGCAUUCAAUUCUUCUGUCUACCCUUUUUAGUACUCUCUCCCAAGGUUUCAUCUUUGGUCUUAUUUCUAAGAAAGGAAGGGUCUUUGGUAUGCGGGGAGGGGAGAAAUUUGUUUUGGAAGGGGCAAAAAGUUUGAGUCUUUGCUUGAAUGUGUUGAUUUUGUGGUGCCUGUUUAUAGUAAAGUUUUUGAGGUUUUUCUGUUUGGUCUUUAAUGAAAUUGAAGGAAGCAGUCUAUAAUCAAGUAAGCAACUUGUUGGCUUAUAAUAAAUUGACACUUCCAAAUAUUUUCUCUCUUCCUAAGCUUAUAAACAAUCAUUUGAACUUAACCCAAGUGGGAGGCGAAUUUUAUUUGUUUGCAUCUCUUCCUCACAACCCUUUUGAGGUACAAGAUUGUACUAUGUAACUAAGAUGUUUUUCGCCACCAACUUAUGAAUUAAUUAACCCCACUUGCCAAAUUCCUCUGUUCCUUUCUUAUUAUUGGGCAAGUAAAGACACUCUUUUGAUUUGCUGAUACUUCUUUUCCUCAUAGUACGAAUCUGGACAUCGAACCGGUGAGACUAACGAUGUCGUGAUUUGGUUGUGAUUUUCGACGAAUGCCAGGGUAUGCUGUGAUUCGAGGGAUGGGAGAUUUUGUUGGGAAUAGGGAGUCAUCAGGGAGGAUGAGUCCCAUAGCUGAGAUUGAUACAAAGGACAACAUUGUUGAAGCCAUUAACAGUAGUAGAGCUGAGAGUUCGUCGGAUUUCGGAGAGGCUCAUCAUCCUGGUAACUAUGCUGGUUCUACUGCUGGGUUCCCCAUGGGUUCUUGGGAUGAUUCUGGGAUCAUGAAAGGUGGGCUCUCUGAAGAUGACAGAACUUUCUCUGGUCUCAACGAUUCUCAGGAUGUGGAGGGAGGAGGGAACCGUCCACCAAUGUUGGCACAUCACUUGAGCCUGCCAAAGACGGCGGCAGAGAUGUCGGCUCUGGAGAAGCUGCUGCAUCUUCAAGAUUCCGUGCCUUGCAAGAUUCGAGCCAAGCGAGGUUUCGCCACUCAUCCAAGAAGCAUCGCUGAGAGGUACAAACUUCUCUGUAGUGUUAGAAGUCACCUUGUUGUUCCUUUCGUUUUAAUGCAUUCGAUUUCUAUUGGAUCCAUGACGAUCAUUUGGAAAUUCGUGCGAAAACAGGUGAGAAGAACACGAAUCAGCGAACGAAUGAGGAAGUUGCAAGACUUGGUGCCAAACAUGGACAAGCAAACCAACACGGCAGACAUGCUAGAUUUGGCCGUUGACUACAUCAAAGAUCUCCAAACACAAGUCAAGGUAAUGGCAGAUUCUCGAGCUAAAUGUACGUGUACAAGUACAAGUAUGCAUCAAUCAUAGCAGAAAAAAACCCUAAACUGAAAGGGAUCAGCUUCCAUUUCCUGGCUAAGCCAUAUAUAUGUAUACAAGUAAUAAGAAUAGUCUGCCUUCUACCCAUGAAAAAUUGAAAAAGAAAGGAGUUUGAUGAUAGAAAGAAGCAGAUUAUUAAAGCUAUAGCAGGAGCUUUGGUAUAUUUAUAUCUGUUGUGAAAAAGGGGGAAAUAUUCAAUGGCAGAAAAUAGAAGAUGAAUAGGAGCUGUACAGUGAUUAGCUUGGCCUGUUGUAGACUUGUUAGUGUUGUUGUGACAUAAUAAUAAUAAUUAUUAUUAUUAUUAUGAUUUAUGAUUACUAUUUUUUCCAUUCCCACUUUGUUUUUGGGGUAUUGCCUCCAGAUUAUGUGAUUUUUGUAAGAAUGUAUAGGGCUAAGAUUAUGAUGAAGAUUAACAGAGUCG